UUGACGACGUCUGAAGGACACUAAGAACGGGAUUAGGCAUUGUGCAGUCUAACCUACUUCUCAUUACUCCUGCAUCUUGUCCUCUGAAAAUUUGCGCAAUGACCUUUGGUGCACUUGGAAUACAGCGGGUGCGCCCGUGAGGUAUGUGAAUUUGAUCAAAGGGCGAGAUGUGGUGUGAUCGCAGGAACUCAAAUCGGGUGGGCAGGCAAUAACGCUUGACAGAAGAUGCGACGGGGGUGGUGGCUCGUCAGAUGGCUGGGGACAGGAAUGGCAAUCCUCUCUUUGCUAACCCACAGCUGGGGCCAGGACACAGAAGAGUGUAAGCUGUCCCGGCCAGGCCCCCCUGCAACCAUAGUGACCAUUGACGAGGAGAGCCCCAACGGUACGGUUUUGGUGGAAAACAUGCAGAUAAAUGGCCGUGCCCAAGACCCACGCAGAACCAUCACGCUCACAUUGCUGGACAACUACGACUACUGGGUGAUACUGGAACCAGCACGGCAGAGACUCUACCUCAACAGCACCGGACGCGUACUGGACAGAGACCCCCCCAACUCCAUCAGCACCAUCGUAGUUCAGGUCCAGUGCACCAAUAAGCUGGUUGGUACCGUCAUUUUGCACGAAGUACGGAUUAUUGUGAGGGACAGGAACGACAACAGCCCUCGCUUUCAGCAGCCACGCUACUACGUUGCAGUAAACGAGCUCACACCGGUUGGAACGACCAUUUUCACGGGCUUCUCAGGAAAUAAUGGCGCCACAGACAUCGAUGACGGGCCCAACGGACAUAUAGAAUACAGCGUUCUUUACAACCCCAAUGACCCGGAUUCUAACAGGACAGUAAGUGUCGCAAACACCCUGUCAGGAUACAUUAUUCUGGCAGAGAGGCUGAACUAUGAGGAGAGGACUCGCUACCUGGUUUUGGUCCAAGCCAAUGACCGCGCUCCAUACAGCCCGAACAGACUAACAGCCACCACCACUCUGACCGUGGAUGUUCUGGAUGGGGACGACCUGGGUCCCAUGUUCCUUCCCUGUGUUUUGGUCAACAACACUCGCGACUGCAACCCCAUCACCUACCGCGUUGCCAUCCCAGAAUUCACUGAGCCGAGCAAGCUUAACCCACUGAAUGUGACCCCGGCAAUCCGGGCUGUGGACAUGGACAGAAACAUCCAGCCUCCAUCAGACAGACCGGGCAUUCUCUACUACAUCCUGGUUGGUCAUCCGGCCGCAUAUCCAGCCUAUUUCUCCCUGAAUAAAACCACUGCAGAGCUGCUCGUCCUGCAGCCGAUCAGCAGAGACUUGUAUCAAAGGUUCACGCUCAUCAUCAAGGCUGAACAGGACAAUGGUCAUCCCCUCCCAGCCUUUGCCGACCUCAUUGUUGAAAUACUGGAUGAGAACAACCAGGCACCGUAUUUCCAGUUUGCCACCUAUCAGGGCUACGUGAGUGAGUCCUCCCCAGUGGGUACAACUAUCUCAGCCAGUGCCAACCUUACUGUCCCCCUGGGAAUCAUCGCUUUGGAUAAUGACAUUGAGGAGUCGAAAGACCCCAUGGUGAAGAUUACCUUGGAUGACUACACCACGAUCUUCGGCCUGACCCCAACCGGGAUAAUCCGCUACCUGAGGCUGCUCAAACCUGUGGACCGGGAGAAGCAGAUGGCCUAUACUUUCACGAUGGUGGCAUCAGAUGGCGUCCAGCAGAGCAGCCCAGUAACUGUCAACAUCCUGGUCAUUGAUGCCAAUGACAAUACGCCCACGUUUGCCGAGGUCUCCUACAGCGUUGAAGUCUUUACAGACAUGCAGCCAGGGGAGACAGUACUACAGUUAACGGCAGCGGAUGCUGAUGAGGGACUGAACGGUCUGGUGACCUAUGAGAUACUGGCUGGUGCUCAAGGAGAUUUCAUCAUUAGUAAUCGCACCGGACGCAUCACUGUGGCGCCUGGUGUCACUUUAACUGUGGGGAGAUCUUACGCACUGACUGUCAAGGCCUCUGACAACGCACCGGAGACCCAGAGAAGGAGCUCCAUCACAACAGUCUACAUUGAGGUUUUGCCACCCAACAACCAGAGCCCCCCACGCUUCCCUCUCUCCACCUACAGCCUGGAAGUCAGCGAAGCCAUGAGGAUAGGGGCUAUUCUGCUCAAUCUGCAGGCCACAGACAGAGAAAACGAUCCGAUCACGUACCACAUUGUGAGUGGGGAUUCUCAGAAUGUCUUCAACCUCUCUGAAACGAUUGGCCUUCUGCUUCUGGGAAAGCCUCUGGACAGAGAGACCACUGAUCAGUACCGUCUGAUUGUCACAGCCUCCGACGGGAACCCUGGAGGGACAUCCACUGCCACUGUGAACAUCGUCGUCACUGAUGUCAACGACAAUGACCCUGACUUUGACCUCACCAUGUCCACUAACUUCACCGUACAGGAGGAAGAGGCCAAUUUGUUUGUAGGCCAAGUCAGGGCCACGGAUCCAGACGCCGGAGUAAAUGGCCAGGUGCACUACCGGAUUGUGAAUCAUCCUGACUUGUUUAUAAUCGGCGCUAAUGGAAGCAUCUACACCAGGGUGCCGCUUGACCGGGAGUUCAGAAGCCAAUAUGAGCUGGUGGUCGAGGCCUCUGACGGGGCGGUUGACCCGCGACGGACCACCUUGACCCUCUCCGUCGAGGUCACCGACAUCGACGACAACAGCCCGGUCUUCUCCCAGCCGACUUACGUGGUGAACGUGCCAGAGAACAGCCCCGUGGGAACAGUGAUCUUGAAGCUAAGCGCGGUGGACUCAGACCUCUUCUCCAAUGUCACAUAUCGGAUCAAGACUGAAUCAGCCAGGCUGCUGUUUUCUCUGAACCCUGUCACGGGGGAGUUAGCUGUGCUGCAGACGCUGGACUUUGAGGACCUGGCAGCUAUGGGCAUGGGAACCUCUUACACUUUCCAGGUGGAGGCUGUCGACCAAGGAGGGGUUAUGCCCCCGGGACAGGCUACAGUCACGGUCCGCAUUACGGACAUGAAUGACUUCUCCCCCAUCUUCAGCCAAGACCUGUAUAAAGGCAUGGUGGCCCCCAAUGCAGAGAAAGGAACAGUCAUCACGACUGUUUUUGCUGAGGACCGAGACCCACCGGGUACUCCAGCCAGUUUUGUCCGCUACAGAGUGGACCUGGACAGGUCACCGUACAGUGGCAGCAUCUUUGAUGUGGAGGAGGAGAGUGGAAGAGUCAUCACGAGGGUCAACCUCAAUGAAGAGCCCAGUGUCACCUUUAAGUUGUUUUUGAUCGCCUUUGAUGAUGGGGAACCGGUGAAGACCAACAGUACUUUGGUGGAGAUCACAGUUCUUCAGCCUUCUCGCAUCCCGAUCUUCACCCAGGAAGAGUACAAGUUUGCUCCAGUUAGUGAGCUGGCUCCAUUUGGCACUCCAGUGGGGACGAUACUGGCUGCUGCUAUCAAUCAAACCAUCUUCUACUCCAUUGUGGCAGGAAAUGAACUAGGUCAUUUUCAGGUGAACAACAAGACAGGCGUCAUCUCCACAGCAAAACCGCUGGAUUAUGAAAACGUGACCAGCUAUGUCCUCAGGGUCCAGGCCGAUUCUAUGCUGGUUGUCAUGUCCAACCUGCGUGUGCCUUCUAAAACUAACACAGCGAAGGUGUUCAUUGAGGUGCAGGACGAGAACGACCACCAUCCCGUCUUCUCCAGGAAGCUCUACAUCGGCGGCGUGACGGAAGACACCAAGAUCUUCAGCUCUGUGCUCAAGAUAGUGGCAACCGAUAGGGACACUGGCAACUACAGCGCCAUGGCAUACCGCCUGAUUAUCCCACCCACAGCCGAGGGCCAGGACAGCUUCGUCAUCGAGACCUACACGGGUAUCAUCAAGUCGGCCAUGAUGUUUCGAAAUAUGCGCAGGUCAUACUUCAGCUUUGAAGUUAUUGCCACGGAUGACUACGGAAAAGGUCUUAGCAGCAGUGCCGAAGUGGUGGUGUCUGUGGUCAACGCGUUGGACAUGCAGGUUGUUGUGUCCACUGUCCCACCCACUUUAGUGGAGGAGAAGAAGGAGGAGCUCAUUAGCAUUCUGGAGCGCCACGUCCAGGAUCAGAUCCCAGGUGCCAAGGUGAUUGUAGAGUCCAUUGGUCCACGUCGUCAUGGCGAUGGCUUCGAGCUAGAGGACUAUUCCAAGUCAGACCUGAUGGUGUACGCCAUUGACCCGCUGACGAACAGGGCCAUUUCACCCAAGGAGCUCUUCAAAUUCCUGGAUGGGAAUGUGCUGGAAAUCAAUAAAGAGUUCCAGCCGCACCUGGGCGAGGGCGGCCGCAUCCUCGAGAUCCGAUCUCCAGACGUCGUGGCCAGCGUGAAGAAGGCCGCCCAGGCCGUCGGCUACACAGAGGGAGCUCUCCUGGCCCUGGCCAUCAUCAUCAUCCUCUGCUGCAUCCCUGCCAUCCUCAUCGUCAUGGUCACCUACAAACAGUUCAAAGAGCGACAGGCAGAGUGUGCCAAAACUGCCCGGAUACAGAUGGCUUUACCACCUGGAGGGAAGGCCGCUCCGGCGGGUGCUCCCACUGCUAACCUCUACGAGGAGCUGGGCGACAGCAGCAUCAGGCGAGGCUAUGGCAGACAGCAACAGCAACUGCUGAGGCCAUCUCUUCUGAGACCUGAGGAGCUCUCCAUGGAGUCAGGUAUCGAUCCAGGCCAGGACUACUACACGCAGGACUACUAUAAUUACGACCAAGGGUAUGACUUUCCUCAAUAUGGCAGUCGGAGGAGGCUGAUUCCUCCCAUGUAUGAUGAAUAUGGAGAGGUGAUCAUGGAGGAUGAUGGGUAUUACUACAGUCCACACGGCCCUGAGGGCCGGGGCCGAGGCAGAGGCCGUGGUGGCAUGCGAGGGAGAGGUCCACCGAAGAGGGUUGCAUUUAGGGACAUGCCGCCAGAGGAUGAAAUUGAACAAGCUGAGCCAGCAGCGGAGGGUGAGCCUUCAAAGGCUGCCAAGAAGCUGAAGUCUGUCAUGAAACUCAGCAAACUCCUGGCGGCCAGCAAGGGAGAACAGCCAUCUGAUGCCGGUCCGUCUGGCGCGUCUCCAUGGAAGAAAGCCAAAAUGUUCAAGAUGUUUGGCGCCGGCAAGAAGGACAAGGAUUACGCCAAACUGAUGUCAGUCCGACAUACUGACAGCCGGGAGAGUUUGACUGACGGGCCGGCGCUCACGGGACCGAUAGACAGGAAGUCUGACACUCGCAGUCGGCUUGGGAAAGUUUUGAAGAAAAUCAACUUGGGCAAUAAGCUGCAGGUUCGGAGGAAGUCUCAGAGUAGUGUGAGUCGUGGCUCGGCCACAGGCAGUGAGAGAGAUGAGGAGGACUCACAAGCAACCAUUGAGGAUGAAAGGAAGUCUAAAGUGUCUAUUAGUGUGACUGAGAGUGAGCCAGAGGCAGGUACAAGUGGAAGCAGUAAGGAGAAGGGCUCUGAUGAGGAAUCCUCGGAGAAAAGCAGUGUUGACAGAGAUUAUCUCAAAGUAGAUUUAGACCGGGAUGAUGCCAAUGAAAGCACUGUGGACUCUGAGGAAGAGCCUGAUGAAGAACCGGGGGAUUCUGAUGAGGAAAGCAAGUCCAAAUCUGAUGAAGAAGAGACGGAAAAGGAAUCUGUCAGUGAGAAAGAAUCUGGGACUGAGAAGGAAUCGGAGUCAGAGUCAGACAAGUCAUCGGCCACAGAGAAAGAGUCAGAGUCUGAGGAAGAGUCCAAAUCUGAGAAGGAUACAGAAUCAGGAACAGGCACAGCCACUGAGAAGGAAACAAGCACAGAAAAGAGUUCAGGAACAGAGAAAGACUCUGAUGAAGAGUCUGAGGAGGAAGAGGCUUCAGGAAGCACUAGAGAAAGUGGGUCUUCUGCUCGGUCUUCAGCUACUGAGACCAGCAAGGGAAGCAGCGCCUCUGGCAUGAGUGGGAGUGGGAGUGGGAGUGGGAGAAGUGAAAGUGCAAGUGAGAGUGGUAGCGGUAGUGCUAGCAGUGCUGCAUCUUUGUCUGGCUCAAGCGUUAAAUCAUCCCAGAGAACCAGGUCAUCAGCAGUUACCUCAGAGAAGUCCAGUGAGGACCUCAGUGAGGCCGAGUCAGGGACGGGGACGGCCAGCGAGACAGAGGCCGAGUCAGGCUCAGGCAGUGAAGGUUCUUCAUCUCGUGGGUCCAGCCAGAGAAAAACAUCUGGUUCAGACCUCAGUGGGGGAUCGACACCGGCCAGUGAGAUGUCAGACCAGAGUUCUUCAGGCAGCAAGGGAAGUUCAGCUGGUUCACGGUCCACCAGUGGCAGCCGGCGUUCCCAGAAGUCCAGCCUGAGCCGUGGAUCUGAAGACACAAUCACAGAGGAGAGUGAAGAAGAGGACGAGGAAGAAUCUGAGACUGCUGAUGAGAGCAAAGAGUCUACCAGCGAACCCAGUGAUGAAACCUCGUCUAGGACGUCCAGCGUGGCAUCUGGAGACCCUGGACCCUCUACCUCCUACACUAGUCCCCCUUACAGCUCUGAGAUUAGAAGCAUGGGUGAAACCUCCGUAGAGACAUACGGAGGACUGUCCCCAAUCACUGAGGUGGACGAGGACGCCAUCUCUUCUGACAAAUCUUCCGUCAGCGGCUCUGGAUCAGCAGCCGGCAGCGCAUCAAAGGGCUCGGGAGAAACCGAAGAAACGUCAGAUGCUGAUUCAGAGUCUGAAGGAAAUGCAACUGCCUUCUAGAGAGAUAUAUUGUCCACCGUGAAGUAAGAGUGAAUAAAAUCAAUUACCCUCGCAUGGGUGUGAAGAAAUAUUGCUUGCCUUACAGAGUGUUUCAAACGUCCACUUUUUCCUCAUUUCCCUUGAGCAGGGAAAAGCCCUGGUGGUUUCCUGCUGCAAAAUAUCUGAAUCUGACUCUCUUUCUUACAUCUUUGAC